GAGGAGGCACCAGCGUGGACAACAAACAAAUAUCGCAAAAAGAGGGGAAGCAAAAGCAGAGCCGCCAUCGUCGCCUCCCAACCCCACAGCGUCGCAUCUCAGUUCCAAUCCCCCCCGCCGCCGCCGCGCCUCCCUCGGCCCCGCGGAUCGCGGCUCCGGUUCCAAAUCUCCUCUCCGCCCCGAGGUUUGGUGCUCUCUUGGGUUUUUUGCGGUGGGUGGCAUGCUAUCCGGCCACCUGGUGCGGCGAACCCGAUGCUGCGCCUACUGUCGGUCGGCGAGAGGCUGUUGACAGCCGGAACAAACAGGCAGGCGACCCGUUUUUCCCAAUCGAGGCACGGCAGUGGUUACUACGCAACAGUGAGGGACAAUGGCUUGUCAACAAGGCGAAAUAUCCCACCCGUCUUCUCUAGAAUGUUCUCACAUUACAAGGACAUUGUCAGAAAGAAAAUUGAGGAUCACAACUAUAGAAAAAGGCUUUCCAGAGGCUACGGUUCCCUCCGUGUGGCAGUGUCAAAUUCAUCCGCAAGACAGCAAGCCCAAUUGACAUUGAAGCGGCCCAGUCAUAUAUACUCGUAUAGUGGUCCCCGGUUCCCAUUCCUGAGCCGAGCAGCCUGUGCUCUCACUUUGUCCUUAACGAGAUCACAUAUCAUCCCUGGGGUCAUGGCUUUAGCUUUUGGGAAGAUGGCAUUGUCACAGCCUGUCCUGGCAGACUCACGGCCAUAUAUGCCCAAAAUGGAAGGCAUUGUCAUGAAGACACGAGAUACUGGCGAUUUGUUGUCAGCCAUGGUUAGGUCAGUCUGGGAGGGUAUCACUUUGUUUAUAAGAGCAGUUCAUUUGGCAUUCCUCUUCUUCCCUGCAACUGCAUUAGCUCCAUUUGCUGAUAGUCUCAGUAUAGAAUUUAGAAGAAGGUGGCUUUCUCUUGUACGUCGUACCCUUGAAAAGGCGGGGCCAGCAUUCAUUAAGUGGGGUCAAUGGGCCGCAACUCGCCCUGAUCUGUUUCCAAGUGAUCUCUGUGUGGAGCUUGCAAAGCUUCACAGCGGAGCUCCGGUGCAUGGCUUUGCUUACAGCAAAGCUUCCAUUGAGAAGGCAUUUGGCCGUAAGCUAUCUGAAAUAUUUGAAAGUUUUGAAGAGAAUCCUGUAGCUUCUGGAAGCAUUGCACAAAUACAUCGGGCCACAUUAAAAGAUCGUCCUGACUCGAACUUGACCAAAAAAAAGAAAAGAGAUCAAUAUACUGUAAAGCAUGUUGCAGUUAAGGUGAGGCAUCCUGGUGUGGGGGAAUCAAUCAAGAAAGACUUUUUACUCAUCAAUUUUAUGGCGAAAGUUUCGAAUGCUGUCCCUGGAUUGAGCUGGCUAAGGCUGGAUGAGAGUGUCCGCCAGUUUGCCGUUUUCAUGAUGUCUCAAGUUGACCUUUCUAGGGAAGCUUCUAAUUUGCAUCGUUUCAGACACAACUUCCGUAGAUGGAGACAUGUUUCAUUCCCAGAACCAUUGUACCCACUUGUCCAUCCAGCAGUCCUCAUCGAGUCAUUUGAGAAUGGAGAAAGUGUUGCUCGUUUUGUGGAUGAAACUGAAGGAAAUUCUCGGAUGAAGAAGGACCUUGCCCACAUUGGGACAUAUGCAUUCUUGAAGAUGCUUCUGGAGGACAAUUUUAUUCAUGCGGAUAUGCACCCAGGAAACAUUCUUGUCCGUUUAAACGAGAGCAAGAAUAAGAGGAAAACGUUUUUCAGAUCUAAGCCCCAUAUUGUUUUUCUUGAUGUUGGCAUGACUGCUGAGCUCUCAGUAGCUGACCGUGAUAACUUAAAACAAUUCUUCAAGGCGGUUGCUGUCAGAGAUGGUCGUACAGCUGCUAAGUGUACGUUAAAAUUAUCAGAAAACCAGAACUGUCCAAACCCAGCAGCCUUUACUGAGGAAUUGGAUAAGACAUUUACGUUCUGGGGAACACCGGAGGGAGACGUAUUUCAUCCUGUCGAAUGCAUGCAUCAAUUGCUCGACACAGUUCGUCGCCACAAAGUCAACAUUGAUGGCAACAUCUGUACUGUAAUGGUGACCAUUUUGGUUCUUGAGGGGUGGCAACGCAAGCUAGACCCACGCUUUGAUAUCAUGGAAACACUGAAGACUCUACUAAUAGAGAAGGAAGUUAAACAACCACCAGAUUAUUUUGGAUAAGCGAUUUUUCAGUUGUCAGAGUACGAGGAUCAGAUUAUCCCAAACAUAGCAUCAGUGAAGGAUGAUGACAGCACGGCACAGAAGUUGGACUUGUUCUGCCUCCUUUCUGAAAGUAGUAUUAGAUGCAACUUACUGCACUGGGUACAGUUUGACAACCUUCAGUGCGAAAAUUUUGGCCGCCGCCUUGGGCUGAUUCAGUCAUGGGGUUCUGUAAUCCACAAAAUCUCUUUCUAGAUGUAGUUGCAUGAUAAUUAUCAUAAACUACGUUGCAGGGUAGUGUGAAUUUUUCUUCCAGGUUAAUCCUUCGUACUGGGCAGCUGUGCUGUCCGAUGUAAAGUUUGGACUCAGGGGACGAUGGCUGUGAAUGUCUAAGCUGUAGUUUUCUCUGAAA